AGUUGCGUUGAUCCAUUCCAAAGCCACACAACGUAUAUCACAUUAUCUUCUUCUUCUCUGUUGCUAUAACUCUCCAGCAAUUCUCUUUUCCAAACCACUGAAACUAUGGCUGACCUUAUCCUUGGUCCUGUCGUAGAUGCUGCCGUAUCCAAGGUGAUUGGAGUUGCUUCCGAGCAGCUAAACCUGGCCUUGGAAUGGAAAGAUGACUUUAGAAGGUUUUGUUUCAUACUGGAGAUGAUCAGGGGAGUGCUGCUGGACGCCGACGAAAAGCAUGUCUCUGGUAACUCUCAUCUGAAACCCUGGCUCCGAGAGCUCCGAUAUGUGGUUGAUGAAGCUGAUGAUGUGUUGGAGGAGAUCGACUACGAAAAUCUGCGGCGUCAGGUAGCAGUUCAAGAACCCAAGUGGAAAAGGUUCAGCUACUUCUUUACCCCCUCUAAUCCUCUGGCAUUUCGCCUGAGGAUGGCUAAUAGAGUUAAGAAUUUGAAUAUAUACCUUGCUGAUAUUAAUGACUGGGCCACUCGGUUGGGGCUGCAAUACAAACUUGCAAACACUACUGUUCCUGAACCUAGAGUGAAUCAACAGACCCACUCUCUUUUGGGUUUUAGUGAUUCAUCCCAAGUUGUUGGGAGAAAUGAAGAUGUUGAUGAAUUAGUUAGGCUGUUAACUGACUCUAGGAAUCAGGAAGCCCUCUCUGUCAUUUCUGUUGUGGGUAUGCCGGGCAUUGGCAAAACUGCUUUAGUCAAAGCAGCGUGUGCAGUUGAUAAAAUAAGUGAAUAUUUUGGAAAAAAAAUAAUGUGGGUUUGUGUUUCUGAAAAUUUUGAUGUCUCUAGAAUUUUAGGGGAAAUGUUGGAGUCCCUUACCAAAACUGCUUGUACAAUAAAAAAUAUUGAUAUUCUGCUUCAAAAAAUUGGAGAAGAGUUGGAGGAAAAAGAGGAAAAAAAGGAGGAAAAAAAAGAGGAAAAAAAAGAGGGGGGGGAAAAUUAUCUUCUCAUACUAGAUGACGUGUGGAAUGAGGAGAGGGAGAAAUGGGAUUUUUUAAAGAGGUGUUUGUUGGGAAUAAGUAAGAAGUCAGGAAAUAGAGUGGUUGUGACUUCUCGAAGUGAAAAUGUUGCUUCAACAAUGGAUUCCAUACACACACAUCAUCUUAAGCAACUGGAAGCUGAUAAAUGUUGGUCUAUAAUCAAGCAGAGAGCAUUUGGAGACGGUGCUGUGCCUCAAAAAUUGGAAGAAAUUGGGAAGGAUAUUGCAAAAAAAUGUGGAGGUGUGCCAUUAGUUGCAAAUGUUGUAGGCGGCACUUUGUACAAGAAAAGGGAUGAGAAUGUGUGGUCGUUAUUUAAGGAGAAGGUUAAUGUAUUGGGUGAAGAUCAACAUCGUAGGAUCAUGGAUGUCUUGCGAUUGAGUUUUGAAAGGAUGCCAAAACCAGCUUUAAAGCAAUGUUUUGCAUUUUGUUCUAUUUUCCCCAAAAAUGUUGUCAUUGAAAAGGAGAAGCUAAUUCAAAUGUGGAUGGCUGAAGGUUAUCUUCAAUCAUCUAAAGAAGGUUCCAUGGAGGAUGUGGGUGGCAUGUAUGGCUAUCUUCAAUCAUCUAAAGAAAUUUCCAUGGAGGAUGUGGGUGCCAAGUAUUUCACUGACUUGUUAUCAUAUUCCCUAUUUCAAGAGGAAGCAAGGGAUUCUUUUGAAAAUGUUAAAUCUUGCAAAAUUCAUGAUCUAAUUCAUGAUUUUGCACAAUCCAUUAAUUAUUCUGAGACAGUGAUUAUUGAGAAGGAGCCUCGCAGUAAGAUCCCUCAUCAUGUUCGUCACUUGAAUCUCAAUUUUGGCAAAGAAGAGGUGCAAAUAAAGUUUGAAGACGUUGCUGAAAAGCUACAGACUUUGUUUUCAAAUUACGGCUUUCCCAGUAGUUCGUCGGUAAAUUUUAAAAGGUUACGAGUUCUCAGUGUUUGUGAUGUUGAUGAUGCUGAUGAUGCUGAUCCAUUACAAUUAUGUUUUGGAAACCUGAAAAGUCUGAGAUACUUGGACAUUUCAGGAACUCCAAUAAGACAAUUGCCCAAGUUUAUCACCAAGAUGUAUAAUUUACAAACAUUUAGAUUCACCAACUGCAAAUUUCUGAAAAUGCCGCCAAAAGGAAUAGGGCAUUUAAUGAACUUGAGGCAUAUUUACUUUAAUGAUGAAGAUCGUAUGCCUGCACACAUCGGUAGAUUGACUAGUCUUCAAACACUGCAAAGGUUCUUCGUGGGAGAGAAAAGGGGACAUAAGAUUGAAGAACUAGGAAAGUUAAGCCAACUCAGAGGAAGAUUAGGGAUUUAUAAUCUAGAGUGUGUUAAAGACAAAUCAGAAGCCCAGAGAGCUGGAUUAAAGGAGAAGGCAGUUGACAAGUUGAAAUUCAGCUGGGGAAAAGGCAGCAAUCAUGAUAAAGAUGUUCUGGAAGGCCUUCUACCUCCCUCUAAUCUGCAAAUUUUAGGAAUCUUAGGUUAUGGAGGUGGAGAAUUGCCAUCGUGGAUGUUGGAGAGCCAUAGUGACUUGUUUUUGCUCAAGAAUUUGGUGAAAUUAAACAUUAAAAGGUGUCAAAACUUAGAAGAAAUUCCCUUGCUGGAAGGAUUUUCCUCCCUUCGACGGCUUUAUAUUGAACAAUGCAGUAAAUUAAGCCACAUAAAAGAUGAGGCAUUUGAAUUCACACCCCUAGAAGAAUUAUCCAUACAGCACUGUGGUCAGUUGAAAAGUGUUGUAGUAAAUGCAUUGACAUCUCUUCAGACACUUGAAAUUUGCUUUUGCAAGGUGUUGAACAGCAUAGGAGAUAGCCUAUCAACCUCCAAGUGCCUCAAACGGUUAUGUUUGUCUUUUUGUGAUAAUUUGGAGUCUGUUCCAAGUCUAGAGGGGCUUACCUCUCUGAAAAGACUAGAGAUUGUCCAUUGUCAUGAAUUAAAGGAUCUACCAAAUGGAUUGUCAUCUUGCACUGCUCUUGAAGAGUUGGCCAUACGGAGUUGCAAAAAUCUGCUGUCUAUUCCAGAAGAACUGAAGGAAUUGCGUUCUCUUGUUAAAUUAAGAAUUUCAAGUUGCGAAAAAUUGAGGAGCUUCCCAAAGGAGAGCCUUGGAUGCCUUAAUCACUUGAAGAGAUUGUCAAUUGGCAGUUUCUCCGAAGAGAUGAAGGAAUUCCCAGAUCUGAGUGCCAUAAACGCCUCCCUUGAAGAGUUGACUUUGGACAAUUGGAGAACGAGUCAGUUGUUACUUCAACUUCAACACUUGACUGCUCUAAAAGACUUGGCCAUAUAUGCUUGCUUUAAUGAAGAAGAAGCACCGUGGCAUGGACUGGAAAAACUCUCCUCUCUUACAGAACUCCACAUUUCAAGGUGCAAAGACCUGAUCUCUCCUCCAGAAGGAUUGAAGAAAUUGCCCCAUCUUACAACACUCCAAAUUUUUCUCUGUCCUAACCUCAUCUCUCUUCCAGAAGAAUUGUUUGAAUUGCCGCAGCUUAAAAUUCUCAGUAUUUCAAACUGCGACAACCUGAUUUCUCUUCCGGAGGAUUUAAAGGAAUUGCGCUCUCUUGUUGAAUUAAAAAUUUCUUAUUGUCCAAAAUUGAGGAGCUUCCCUGGGGGGAUCCUUGGCUGCCUUACUAGCUUGAAGAGAUUGGAGAUUGGUGAUUUUUCAAAAGAGUUGGAGGAAUUCCCAGAACUGAGUUCCAUCAAUGAUGGCCUUGAAGAGCUGUGCUUGAUUGGAUGGGACAAACUAAGGGAGCUGCCUGAUCAAAUUCAACACCUUACUGCUCUCAAGAAGUUGACCAUUUUGGGCUUUGUACGAGUGGUAGCUUUGCCAGAGUGGGUGGGAAACUUUUCCUCUCUUCAAUUGUUGCAGAUUUCCCUUUGCAAUAAUAUGAAACAUCUGCCUUCCGCGGCAGCCAUUCGACGCCUCUCCAAACUGCAGAGGCUUCAGAUUUUCGCCUGCCCGAAGUUAGGAGAGAGAUGCGCCAAGAAACGCGGUUCUGAGUGGUCCAAGAUUUCCCACAUUCCACUAAUCCGAAUUAGAUAAGCAAAGACUGAGGCUUGAAAAAGCAGGUUGUUGGGGACGCUCAAUCUUGCCUUCUGCACCUGGAAUCAACCCAAAUUUGUAUUAAGUUAGCUCAUGACUGCAUCAAGGUAACUUCAAGCAGAGUUCUUUAUCUUAAAAUCUGUUUUAAGAGGCAUAUGCUUUGCCAAUUCUCCUUUUCAUUAUUUAAUGUUUCUCUAUUUCUUUGGCCUCAGUUGCUUUUGGAGCAGAUUUGAUUUCUGGUAUCUGGUUUCUUAUUUGGUUCUCAUUGUUACCACCCGCGUGUUCCUCCAGAAAUAGAAGCAAAAUAGGAGC